CUUUCUCUCGUCGUACGAUAUUUUCUCUCUUCCUCCUCCACAUCUACUUUUUUUUUUUUCUACAGCGAGAGGAAGAGAGCGCUCAAAAUGGCCAACGAUACUCACACCGAUGACUUAGACGAGCUUCUCGAUAGCGCUUUGGAUGAUUUCAAAGAUCUCAAUCUUACUCAAAGGAGUGGAGGUGGGAAAAAAGAAGAUGGUGGUAAAAAAGAGACCGAGUCAUUGCCGAGUGGGGUUCAAGGUCUUGGAAUGGGUUUACCAGAUAUGAGGAGCAAGAAGAAAGGAAAGCAGAAGGUUGCAAAAGAGGACCAUGUUGCAGAGGCUCUUGAUAAACUCAGGGAACAAACCAGAGAAACUGUCAAGGGGCUUGAGUCCUUGUCAUCGAAGCAGCAUCAGCCGCCAGGUUCUGAUGAUGCUAUGGUCGAAGAUUGGAUCAAGCAAUUCGAGGAUCUUACUGGAUCUCAGGACUUGGAGUCGAUAGUGGACACGAUGAUGCAACAGCUAUUAUCAAAGGAUAUUCUUCACGAACCUAUGAAAGAGAUCGGCGCAAGAUACCCGAAAUGGCUAGAAGAGCAUGAAAGCAGUCUAAAGAAAGAAGAAUACGAACGUUAUUCACACCAAUAUGAACUAAUAAAAGAACUCAAUUUGGUGUACGAGAACGAACCAAACAAUUCGACAAAGAUAAUGGAAAUUAUGCAGAAGAUGCAAGAGUGUGGUCAGCCACCGAGUGACAUAGUGCAAGAGAUGGAUCCUGGCUUUGAUUUCGCAAGUCUAGGACAAAUGUCUCCGGAUAUGCUUGAGUCUUCACCAAAUUGCUGUGUGAUGUGAAGGAAGAAACAGAGGGUUUUAGAAGUCUUUGGCCUGGUCCCGCCACUGCAGACCAUGUUUUACUUUUACUUUUCCCUUGUGCAUUGUACAAUGGAAAUCUUUUUUUUUUCUUCUUACUUUAAUACGAAAGUGUAAGUCUUUAUUGGGUUUGGUUUAGGUUCUUUUCGUUAGUUGAGUUUGGGAAUAAUGUUACUUUAUUGAAACCGAAAUUAGUUGUCCGUUUGGUUUUAA